AUGAAGCAUCGAGAUGAUCUUGGUCCUAUGGCUGGCAGUGGAACAAUUGCUGCAGUACCCUUGGAAACUCAAGAUGCACCCACUUAUCUUUUCACGUUCGGAGAUUCCUACACCCAGACCGAGUUCACUGUUGAUGGUACACAGCCAUCUACCACAAACCCGAUGGGAAACCCGGCACUAGGGACUGGCACAACGAGCGGCGGUAUCAAUUGGGUCGGAUACCUGACCACUGUAUAUAAUGCCUCGCCGGUACUCAGCUACAACUUCGCCGUCGGAGGAGCUACAAUCGACAACUCUAUUGUCGACACCAAGGUCAAGGAUGUGACCUCACAAGUCCGGGACUUCGAGUUAGCAUAUAGCAAGAAGCCUAUAUCUGCACCGUGGUCUUCGGAUAAUGCAGUGUUUGGAUUCUGGAUUGGGAUCAAUGACAUCGGCUGGGGCCAUCAAAAUACUCAACCUAGUGUACUUGUGCCAACAUUGAUGACUCAGUAUAGAUUCCUCAUUGAAAAGUUAUAUGCGUCUGGCGGACGGAAGUUCCUUUUCCUCAAUGUGCCGCCUACAGAUCGGAGUCCUAUGGUCAUCAAAGAGGGACCGGAAGCCAUCAAAACAUACGCUACGUGGGUGAAGGCUUACAAUGACGGUCUUCAAUCAAUGAUCAAUGACUUCAAGUUGAGUCACAAUGAUACUACUAUCGUUCUGUACGACACCUGGUCCUUUAUGCCAAAGAUCCUGGACGAUCCUCAGGCAUAUGGAUUUCCGAAUGCCACUUGUUUCAAUGAGAAUGGCACCUCCUGUAUUUGGUGGAAUCAUUAUCACCCCGGGCAGAACUAUCAUAAACUACAGGCAGCGGAUAUGAUUCAAUACUUGCAGCCUCUCGGUGCUUGGUAG